AUGUAUAGAUCAUCGUUCUACGCGUCCACAAUAAAGUUGCCCAGGAGCCCGCAUCCCCAUGCGCUUCCUAGACAACUCGACUUCCUCGAAGAUUUUGACAGCGAUGGAGGCUUGUACCGACAGGGCUCACGACAAGAAUCCCGCGAUUUCACAGAUACCGAAGAUGAUGACGAGAACAUCGCAGACGUAAAGCGCGAAUAUGAGCUCUUGAUCCGAAGAGGGUGGACAUACUCGGUCGCCAUGGUGGUCACUACGAUUUUCCUUGCAAAAGUUUGCCCGCUCUCGGGACUCGCCGCAGUCACUCUUCUGUUCCUCGUCACAUAUCCUCAGAGCGAUGUUUAUUACGCCAUCGGUGACCUGCUACCAUGGAGCAAGGUGCCCGAGGAUGUAAAAACUGCCCUGCAUCGACGACCAAGCUUCAUAUCUGCUCGUGCCGGUAUUCACCCUGACAUGGACCCCCAUCGCCGCUUUGAAGAAUCCUUGACGCACGCUGCACGUCUCGUCAUGCGCCAGCUCUCUGAGUCCAUUAAGUCAAUCGUGUCCUAUACGCUAAGAUAUAUUCUCCUUCAAGCUGGAUUGCAGCUCCAUGUCACCAUUGCGCAGCACCUCGGUGCUCUCUUCCGCGCUGGUGAAGACGUCACCGGCUUCUUCCCGCGCUACGUAGCAAAUAUGAUGUCGAUGCAGAACCUAUUUCGCCCCGAUGGCUUCGCAGACUUCACCAGCAACCGAGUGUCUACGAUCAAGUGGUGGUACGGUUGGAUCAGCAGUCUUACUCGGGACCUCAUAUGGUACUUGCCAAAAUACUUGGUGACAGGUUUCGGCAGGUUGCUGGUAAAAUCUGUUGCUAUACUCGAAGGGAUCGUUGCGAGCGAACACUUGGCUGAAGAUGUGAAAGAAAAAAUCCAGCAAUUCCUGGGGUAG